GAUUUUUGUCAUGCAGUUCACUGUGUGUCCGCUGUCUCUGCCUCCAGGACCUCGUCUCCGCCUCCUCUGGACUGGCCUCUGCCCAGCCAGUUUGACCAGUGUGAGCUGAAGGUGGAGGUGCAGCCCAAAGCCUACCACAGGGCGCAUUAUGAGACGGAGGGCAGCAGAGGGUCCAUAAAGGCAGCUGCCACGGGACAUCCUGUCAUCAAAUUGAUCGGAUACAGCGAGCAGCCGCUCAGCCUGCUGCUGUUCAUCGGCACCGCGGACGACCGCUACCUUCGCCCUCAUUCCUUCUACCAGGUGCACCGCGUGACGGGGAAGACGGUUACCACAUCCUGCCAGGAGAAAAUGAUGGGUGGCACAAAACUCCUGGAGAUCCCUCUUCUUCCAGAAAACAACAUGUCGGCCAG